AUUUCACUAUAAAUACAUGCUCUCAAAGCUCACACUGUCACACAUCCUUCACACCAAAACCUCUUUUCUUCUAAUAAACCAAAGUGUGCUCGUGUAUCUAACAAAAAAUAAAAAUAAAUGGCAGUCUCCAAGUUUCUUGUUGUCUUGGCUUUGUUCUUUACCUGCUUAUCUCUUGCUAAUUCAGAUCCAUUUCGGACUCGUCCCUGGGAACAAAAUGAAAUGGUGAGUCCCAAUGACGGUCUUGAUACCGUUGAUACGGAUGCGAAAGAGCCGGAGCAAAAUGGUGGAGGAUACAUUAGAGGUUGGUGCAGGCACGGUUGCUGCUAUGCGGGAAGCAAUGGCUGCAUCCGCUGCUGUCGUUACCCGAACGAGGAAACUAACAGUGUGGGGAUGCAAAAACGUGGUCGCGGCGGUUGCAAAUACGGUUGUUGUGGUAGCUAUGCUAAUGGACAGUGCAGCGCAUGUUGUAGCCGCAGCCAAGUCGCAGAGAAAGCCAAGAAAGAUGAAGCUUCUCCAGUUUGGGCUCAAGGCCGUCCCUGAAAAGGGAGCUAUUACCAUAUAACGUAUGGCCACUUUUAAUAAGCACUUGUUUUAAUACAAUAAAAUGAUACUGACGUAUCUUAGAUGGUACGUGGAAUAAAGUAAGUGGCCUUUUUAUAUAUGUUUAUUUUGUGUGCAUGCGUUCUA